AUGGCUGAAGAGCUCGCUCCAGCUUUGGCCCGGGAAACCCCUUCGUGGUCAAGUGAGCUGCUCCAGCUAGCGCGCAAAGACUUCGCCAGAAACGACCCCCAGCGGUGGGAGGAGAUCACGCAGAUCAAGGGUGACUUUACCAGGGAGGUGCCACUCUGGGCGCUUGAUGUGGACAAGAUGCCGAUCCCUGCGGUGUACCCGCUCUUUGCAGCGGUCAAGGCCGCGAAGGUCCAGUGGUAUGGCGAGCGUGCUGACCAGACCUACGCGUUUCCCCCUUCAGGCAUGUUGCUGCAGGUCGCAAAGUACAGCCCAGUUUUGGCUGAGAGCGACUGUGGCAAGUUGGAGCGCGAGAAUAUGGACAUUAUCUUCUUCGCAUGGCUGCUGAAGUACAAGGAAGUGUCCGAGGCCAGCGACAAGCGGGCGAUGGCACUGUUCAAGAAGGCCAGCUUGCACGUGCUCAUGAGCGUGAAGCUUCGCGCCAAUGAGAGUGAGAAGCUUGCAAGGGCCUACCAGCUCCGGGAGGAUGAGGAGAAGAACGCCAAUAUAGCCGGCCACAGCCUCCUGAGCCGGGCGCGGGAGUUGAACUCCAUCCAGGAGCACCUUUCAAAGACCGGUGGUGCAGCUGCCAUGAAUCUUGUUGGCUACAUGGAGCAGCACAAGAUCGUCUUCGGCAGCACCGACUCGACGAUGACGGUGCCAACGAUUAGGUUGCAUUUGCGAAUCUUGCGUCGCUUGUCAAUGGCUGUCGUAGACACCGGGGCGCCAGUGUACCAGGGCAGCGCUCUUUAUUUCUUUGACAAGAACGAGGAGAUCUGGGGCCGAACGGCCACGCAAGUGGCGCUCCAGGAAAGUUGCCGGAGUUUUGAUUCUUUUCAGUCCGCUCUGCAAAAUCUUGAAGACCUCAGAGAGGCCUCCAAAAAUUUGCACCUGCUCCUCCUCCGAGGGUACAACGUAAAGUUGACUGGCCGGGGCAUCGCGGAGCUGGCAAGGGGGCUGGUACUUUACUCCAAGAUCCCUGCUUCCCUGCUGCCGCGCUUCCCCAAGUAUGCUGACUUGCUGAAGCCCUUCGGAUCCCUUGAGGCCUUUCAUGCGGAGUUCCCGGAGGAUGGAAGUCCCGUUGUCAUGGGCAAAGACUACCCCAUCUUUGCACAGGAGUCGUUGGACAAGCUGACGACGCAGGUUAUGAUCCCGCUCUUCACCUACAAGAGGCACAGCGCUGUGUUGGGAGGCGGUAGUCCUCUUGGCUGUGCUUUUGUGAAGAAUCUCCUGCCGGAACUGGAGAACAUGUACCAGCAGGAGCAGGCCCGGGAGGCCAUGGCGCAAGGUGGCGCUGUUGCCAAUGCUCUUCCUCCAGCGGAUUCCAAGUCCGAGGAGCCCGUCACCGAAGAUGAGGCAGCAGCUUUGCGAAAGAGUUUCGACGAGAAGUAUGAGGACCUGAUGGCCAACAUGGCCCAGGAGUAUUUGGCCUCGAACUGCUUGCUGCUGACGUGGACAAGCCCGACCCUUGUCGAUUCCUUGACGGGCCACCCGCUCACCAAGGACGGGGCGUCCAAGUUAUUCAUGUGGCAAGCAGGGCUGGAUGCCACCACUGGACCGAGUGGGCGCAACUCCAUCUACAGGAUGAAGGCCAGCGCCGACGAGGCGCGCCUGGGUUCUGCGAUCGAUAUCACAGCCAAGCUCAUGAGAGACUUGGACACAGGUCUGUUCCUGAGCGGGCGCAAUAACCUGUUGGCGAAGGACAUGAAGAAGAAGUUGCAAAGCCUGAAGCCUAGGCCGGGGAUCAAGGAGCUCCUUAUGAGCCCGGACGAGGAGGUUCUCUUGAAACUCCUCCACGGCGAGGGCCGCAACCAGUAUGCUUCGCUGGACCCUGUGGAGACAUAUUUCUUGGUCGUGAAGGAGUCAAAGUGCUUCAAGGACCGGCGGCCUGCGGCCAGGCGGUUUGUGCCCGGGAACACUGCGUUCAAGACGAUGCAGAACAUCCCCCUCCUUGAGAAGACUGCCAUGAUGAAAGUCCCAAGCAAAGAACGGGAAGCGAUCCUGCGCAAUGUGGUGGGGACCGACAAGUGGACCCCGGGACUUGGGCGAAAGCUCGCCGCUGCAGGCGGUAGUGCUGCUGCCUCCGCAGCUGCUGAGGCUCCGGCGCCUGCGGCGGCGGGCAGCGAUGAGGAGGAGGAGGCUGGAGAUGAGGAGGAUCCCUUGGCGGGCACCACCGAUGCUGAUGGCAACGUCGUGCUCUUCCACAUGGAGUUGCACCCGAAAGUUUGUGCUCAGUUGCUCUGCGAAGCGGACGCUUCGGGGUUUGCGCCCCUAGACAAGGGCGAGAAGGUGCAGGCCCUGAAGCCCAACAGAUUGUUGUUGCAUGAGGCGCGCAAGGGCCUGGUGGCAGAGGUUCAGCCGCCUCUGGCAGGCGCUGGCAAGGCCACCUUUGAGAAGUCCAUGAAUGCCGCGCUGGACGCACUGCAGACCGGCUCUACCUUGCCACCGGCGAAGCGGCAGCGCACAGAUGCGGCCCCUAAACCGAAGACGGAGCCCAAGCCGAAGAAUCCGGCGCCUGCUCCGCCUGCUCCGCCUGCUUUGGUUCCGCCUGCAUCCAAAGCUGCGCCCCCCGAGAAGCCCGCUGAGUCUGUUGCUGAUCUGCUGAAGGCGUGGGGAAAGUGA